AUGUCUUCUUGGAGGUGUCUGGUCUCCAUCCUAUUGCCCUUCCUCUGCCUUCUUAACCAGACUUUGGCCUCAACAAUCUCAUCGACCCCUGUUCCUCCUCUCAACAUUCCUCCAAGUCUUAAUUGGUUGUCAAAUACCAUCAAUUCAGGAGGCGAGUUUGCUUUGGAACUUGAAUCGAGUCUUGGUCUUGCUGGAAAUGGAUAUUAUGGCAGUGAUACCAUCAUGCUGGGACUCCCAGGUAGUGGAUCUCCUUCCUUGAGUUCGCAAGUCCUCGCAACGAUUACCACUCAUGACUUUUGGCUGGGUCUCUUUGGUCUCAAUCCUGCCCCCACAAACUUUUCUGGCAAAACCGAGCCUGUCCCUAGUUAUAUGUCUAACCUCAAGUCUCAAGGUCACAUUCCGUCAUUGUCCUAUGGCUACACUGCAGGAGCAUAUUAUCGUAAUGGUGGGGGAGCAAGUGGGGGAGGAGUGUUUGCAAAUCUUACAUUGGGCGGAUAUGAAGAGUCUCUCUUCGUUCCAAAUAAUCUUACUGUCGACUUUGCCACAAAUGGUAACGACCUAACCAUUGAUGUCAACACAAUCACAAUCACUUCAACCGGUGGGAAAUCUCAAGUCGUCUCAUCACCAUCAUCGUCCUUUCCAGCUUUCAUUGACUCAUCCAUUCCAUACCUGUAUUUACCAACCAGCAUAUGUCAAGAGUUCGAAGAAGCUCUCGGCAUUACCUACGAUACACAAUCGGAACUUUAUUUACUCAACGAUGCCCAGUAUUCCACACUUAUUGCCAAAAAUGCGUCUGUUAUAUUUACUCUCACGAAUUCCACUUCUAAAUCCAUGGUAAACAUCACACUUCCAUACGCUGCUUUCGAUUGGUGGGCCGAUUACCCACUUGUUGAAAAGAGUACUCGUUAUUUCCCCCUUAAACGAGCAGCCAAUGACUCCCAGAUCACACUUGGACGGGUAUUCCUCCAAGAAGCCUACCUGAUUGCCGACUACGAACGUUCGCUAUUUUCCGUUCAUCAACGCAACUGGAGCACUUUCUAUCCUUCUUCAAACCCGACAAUUAUUUUUCCUCUUGAUCCUCCUGUAACGCCUUCAUCGCCUUCAAAAUCUGGAAUCUCAACCUCAGUUAUAGCAGUUAUCGUCCUCGCUAUCCUCGUUUCCAUAGCUUUAACCUUGUGUCUAACAAUAUACAUUCUCCGCCGCGUCCACCAACGCAAACAAGCUCCUGGGUCGUCAAAUACUGUUUCCACACCCUCAUCUAUUUCUUGGAGUCUCUCGAAGAAAGAUUCAUUCCGCUCCGCUCCGUCUUCUCCCUUACCUCUUCCUUUCAUAUCUCAUAAAGACAAAGCAGACAAAAAAUCUAGGCAUGUUUCCAAAGCCCCUUCGGAACUGAGUUUCUUCGACAAAGGAACCAAUUCUGUCCUUCUCACCCCUUUCAACCGAUCAACCGUCUCUCUAAACAUAGGCAAAGCUAUCGGGAGCCCGAACCUCACUCUCGAUCCCCGAUACAACAAGUCUAAGACCUUCACAACCCGAAGCCCCAAUUACAACAAUGCAACAGAUACCAUACUCAACAAAGACUCUAAUCCGGUCCCCAUCGAAUCCAAACCUACAUUCCAUCUCGCAAGUCUUUCCACUCGGCCCAAAGAGCGCAAAAAAAGGCGAAAAGAAAAGGCACAGGAUGUUUAUGAAUUGAGUGGUGGUAAUGAUGAAUUAUGCUGGGCAGAAUUGGAUGAGAUGGAAGAGGAACUCGAAGACAUGGAUAUGAAUAGUCGACCCAAUAGUCCCGCAUUAAGUGCCUUAAGUUUUGCAAGCAAUGCUGCUUUGAUUACAUCUAACCCUGCGAAACUCAAACCAUGGAUGAAUACCGAGCGCGAAGUUCGCGGAAGCGGAAGUAUUCUACAUAUGGGUAUGAAUAGGGAUAGUGGUAUGGAACGCAUGAAUCGAAUGGAUAAAGAAGCAGAAGCUUAUCGCCAAAGAAGUGGUGAUAGUGGUAAUCCCGGGGCUGGAAAUGAUACGGUGACUACGAAUCAUAGUCAUGGAAGAGAAUCCUAUUUUACAAAUACGACAAUGGGUAUGGAUACCCCCACCGAUGGAGUUAACACGGGUGGAACGUGGGAAUUCGAAAAAUAUUUGGACCCAAGUAAGAUGCCUUGGGUACAGAGGAGUAGUGGGUCGGGGGUUGUGGUUGAACCUCCGUCGCCUGUGGCUAUUGCGGCGAUACCGGCUUUGAGAGAUGGAGAUCAAGCGCCUGGUAAGAGAGUGGAGAUUGUAGAAGCCUCGACGAGAAGUCUAGAGCGGAGGAGGGAGAGUGAGAGGGUUGUGGUUGGGGAAGAUACCUCUAAGUUCUCGUCUCAUUGUGCACCUCUCUUUACUUCUUAA